CUUGUGCGCAGUACGGGUUCGUGAACCACGCCUUGGAGCUGCUGGUCCUGAGAAAGUUUGGCGCCGAAACAUGGGAGCAAAUAAAACGGGAAGCCGAGAUCGAGAUGGAGGGCCAGUUCCUGGUUCGACUGGUGUACGACGACGAGAUUACCUACAGCCUCGUUCUGGCGGCUGAAAAAGUGCUCGGCAUUGCGGCCGACGAGAUUCUGGAGAUGUUCGGGCGCAUGUUCUUCGACUUCUGCCAGGAGUCCGGCUACGACAAGAUCCUGCAGGUGCUGGGUGCGACUCCCCGGGACUUCCUGCAGAACCUGGACGCCCUGCACGACCACCUGGCCACCAUCUACCCGGGCAUGCGCGCACCUUCCUUCCGGUGCACCGAGAGGCCCGGGGACGGGGCGCUGCUGCUGCACUACUACUCCGAGCGGGAGGGACUCGAACCCAUCGUCAUCGGCAUCGUCAAGGCCGUCGCGAGCAAGCUGCACCAUACCGAGGUGCAAGUGGAACAGCUCCAGGGCAAGGAGGACGGGCUUGACCACGUCCAGUUCGCCAUCCGGGAAACUGGUCAGCGCCCGCGCACGCCGGAGCCCGAGCUCGAGGACUUCCUGGACGCCGAGUCGCUGCAGGAGAAGAAGAUCAGUCCGGCCACUUUCUGCCGUGCAUUUCCUUUCCACGUCAUGUUCGACCGGAACCUGAACGUCGUGCAAGCUGGCACCUCGGUCACUCGUGUGCUGCCCACACUUGCGCAGGAGAACAGCCGCAUUUCGGAUUUCAUGGAGCUGGUGCGGCCUCACAUGGAGCUGACUUUCGACAACAUCCUGGCGCACAUCAACACGGUGUACGUGCUUCGCACGCGGGCCGCGGCCGGCCAAUCGGGCGAGCGCGCCACGCGCAUGCGCCUCAAGGGCCAGAUGCUGUACGUGCCGGAGACGGAACUCAUGCUGUUCCUGUGCUCGCCGAGCGUCCUCAACCUGGACGACUUGAACCGGAGGGGCCUCUACCUCAGCGACAUCCCGUUGCAUGACGCCACGCGAGACCUGGUGCUCCUCUCCGAGCAGUUUGAGGCCGAGUACAAGCUGACCAAGAACCUCGAGAUACUCACCGACAAGCUCCAACAGACAUACAGGGAGCUCGAGGAUGAGAAGAAGAAGACUGACAGGCUCCUAUACUCCAUUCUGCCGCCGUCGGUCGCCAACGAGCUCCGCCAUCACCGACCCGUGGCCGCCAAGAAGUACGACUGCGUCACCAUCCUCUUCAGCGGCAUCGUCGGUUUCAGCGCCUACUGCGCCCAGCACUCGGACUCCAAGGGAGCCAUGAAGAUUGUCAAGCUCCUCAACGACAUUUACACAACAUUCGACGUCCUCACCGACCCCAAGAAGAAUCCCAACGUGUACAAGGUGGAGACUAUUGGUGACAAAUACAUGGCCGUGAGCGGUCUGCCAGAGCCGUGCGAGAGCCACGCGAGGUGCAUUGGCCGGCUGGCGCUGGACAUCAUGGACCUCUGCAAGCAGGUCAAGAUGAACGACGACCAGAGCGUGCAAGUGACGAUUGGCAUCCACUCCGGAGAGGUGGUGACCGGAGUGAUAGGGAAGAGAAUGCCACGCUACUGUCUCUUCGGCAACACCGUCAACCUAACCAGCCGGACGGAGACGACGGGAGAGAAGGGCAGAAUCAACGUCUCCGAAGACGCUUACAGGUGUCUCCAGCAGCCACAGAACGAAGACCCGACGUUCAAAUUCGAUUACCGAGGACCAGUCACGAUGAAAGGCAAGAAGGAACCGAUGAAAGUCUGGUUUCUGUCCAGGAACCCCGACGUCAAAGCAGCCGCGUAACGAUGUGGAACUGCCACGUGACCACACUCGCAACAAGGAGCGCGACGACAGCGCCACGCCGCAGAAAUAUUGUGCCAUGAGUCCCACCCAAUUGGACUGUUUCGAAGCAGAAAAUUGCAACCGACCAGUUCUCCUUCUGUCAUCUCUUUGCAGCUUUAGGAUCGGUGUGCUGCAGCGCUGGCUCCGUACUGUAUACAACCUCUGCCUUGUUGGGGUGUGUUGAUUGUCGACGCGAAAAACGGACAUGAAACGUCAUAUAUAUAGCACUUGUCGGUUUAUAUACUACGUUUCGAGUCCCUGUUUGGCGUCGGCAAUGACACCUCUCGUAAGUCAUACGGUUGCAACUUGCCCAGCUUUCUGCGCUGAAUUCUGAGCUGCUUUUGUUGUUGUUGUUGCUGUUGACCAGUGUUAGCUCAUUGUCUUUUGUAUAUGGCACAUCGAUGGAGUAACCGUAUCGGUUGAAGCACACUUAUACAGCGGCCCUUGUGGAAUACUCAUAUUCUCCCGUUUAUUUCGUCCUCUGAAUCGCCUUGCACACGACUAACAUAGUUUCUCGCUGUACCCUUAUUACUGAAAAUUGCAUCUUCUCCCGUCGCAUCGGUAACCGACUGCUACCCUUUGAUAAAAGCCGGUACGUCUUUUGUGUUCGCACGUAGAGCGCUUUCAGUGAGAGCAAUACAUGAUCGCGGAGAAGCUUAUGCGUCAUUGAGACAUAAAAAAUUCAUAUUUGAUCCCGUCCUGCUCAAACUUCCGACCAAGAUCGUUUGUCAGUUGUGAUGUGUGCUUUUCAUAUAUUGUGAAUAUUGUGAUCGAACAAGCAAUCGAGUAUUUUGAUUUCGCUUGCACCCAUAUGAUGGCUUCGCAAACCACUAUUUUGUCUUUAUGAGAGAGACAGAGGAGGAGGGAAGGGAGAGAAAGAGAUGAAUGGAGAAACUGUGGCUUCAUUGUGUCGAUCAUUUCUAUAUUUUGACUAAAAGAAGAAAGCGCCUUCGCGGAGCAGAUACUACGGAAAGUCCCAUUUUCUGACGAAAGAAAUCCAUGCAUGUCUCUGUGAUGAGAUAUGGAGGAGAGUUUGAGAGCCUUGUUUUAUACCCGUUUUAUAAAUAUAAAUUUACGUGAAACGAAACUGAUUAUUAGAAAAAUAUUAGGCUUUUCUUCACUUGCUUGUCUUCUCUCUCUCU